UAUGAUUAGCAUGUGGUUAUGGAAGGUGUUUCGUAUUGAUCCAGUAUGUGGUGACAGUUCUCAGUUUGCGCCGUGGACCUGCUGGUUGAACUCUUCGAUCCUCUGGAGGGAAUAAUAUUUCUGUAGCACAACAUGCCUAAAAGGAAGUCUCCUGAAGGGGCCCAUGCCAAGGAUGCCUCCAAGGUCAUCAAGCAGAAGGUCACCAAGCAGGAGAAACCAGCUCCUCCCAAACCUGUUGAGGUCAAGCCUAAGAAGGCUAUAUCCAAGGACAUGAAGGAAAAGAAAGGUGGUGCUAAGGUGAAGGAGGAUGGCCCCUCCCAUAACGGACAGGCUAUGACUGAGGAGAUAUGCGUGUCUCGCUCCAGUGUCAGUGUGACCUACUACAGAAGUCUUGCUCCCUACUCCAUGUCUGUCAGAGGCCAGAGUGAGACAGUCAGAGUCAACGGAGACUGAGGCUGUGGAGGCGGAGUCGGUCAAGGAGAAGGAAUGAGGAAGUGGGGGGGUCUUUCUCUGACUCCUCCCAAACCAGUACCAUGGAAACGGAGGAUUAUUUUUUUUCCAGGAUUUUGUAAAAUGCUGAUUUUUUGUUUGUCCUGUGAUACUAGCAAAGAUAACCAGCAGCAACCCACUUCCACACUCCUUACAGUUGUCUCUCCCUCUCCUCUCCUCUCCUUUUCUUUCCUUCCUGGAAGACAGAAUGAAGUGACAUGUUUUUAUAAAAUGGCCGCAAGUAUUGUUCCUCUGGCAGUGGGAGGAGCCUCAUGGGGUCACCAUGGUGAUGCCUCUCAGUUCCUCUCUAAACAAUGUCAUGUCCUCUUGACCGUGAUGGCUCUUUUGUGAUGACAUCGCUGUAAAUUAAGUGGACCUUCCACCUCUGACAUCAGAGACCCAAGGGUCAGACUAGGCUCCUAUGAUAUAACAAGUGACCUUUGACCCUGACCUGAGGUGUUGCCAUGGUGAAUAUUUGCAGCUUUUUAAACAGAUUUAGAAGUGUUCAGAAUCGCCAGCCACUCCUGUGUUGUAAUUUGUGAGUCUGUGGUUGUCUGUCAGAGUAGACUGUUCUAGAACUCUGGCUUCCAGAACCUCUGGGUUCCACCUUGGUUGUCUGUCAGAGCAGACUGUUCUAGAACUCUGGCUUACAGAACCUCUGGGUUCCACCCUGGUUGUCUGUCAGAGCAGCAUAGCAAUAACAAGUGGCGCUUCUGUUCUAGAACUCUGAGGCUUCUAGAACCUCUCUGGGUUCCACCCUGCCUGUGGGAAAACAUUAUUUUGAAAUAAAAACAGAGUUAACAUUU